GCAAUCGGCAUAAAUAUUUGUAAUUUAUUUUUUUCUUCAUUUUCGAGACUAUCAUUUCAUUUUUAUUACAACUGAGGCUCGAUCCGCGUAAAAAAGUGCCGUACGUUCGAAACAAGGACAAGAAAAAAGUGGAAUCAAAAAUGGAAAACUUUGAACAAGUUGCGAAUGCUUCCGAUUCGAAAAGUUUCCAAGCGCUACAGGAUCGUUUGCAGGCGUUAAAAAUGCUGCAACGUGAAUAUGUACGUGUUGAAAUGGAUUUUCAUCGUCAUUUCUAUGCCCUCGACAUGGAAUACCAGCAAAAGCGGCAGGAAAUCUAUGGACGUCGUAAAGAUGUUAUUAGCGGAAGUGGCGAUUGUUACGAACAGGUUCCACCAGAUGUUGUCAAUGGCGUAAUGAAAGCGAUGCAAAAAUUGCACUUGAACAAGUAUUUCACGGACGAAACAAAAGAUAUCAAGGGUAUUCCAAAUUUUUGGUUACAAGCUAUCAAAAACUGUACACACAAUGAUGAUCUCGUUCAUGAGUGUGACGAAGAAGCAUUGAGCUACUUGCUGGACAUCAAAGUGAGCCUGGUCAACGAGCCCGAUAUGUCGUUUACACUGGAAUUCGAGUUCGCACCGAAUCCAUUCUUUGAGAAUUCAGUUCUAGCGAAGCAAUACUUUUUGAGCUGCGAUACCAAUGAUGAGUUCUACGGGUUCUCAAUUAUCAGAGCGAUCGGAUGCAGUAUUGAGUGGAAGGACGGUGCAAACAUUACGGAAAAGGAACUUGAAUCAUUUUUCAUGUUUUUCAAUCCACCAGAACUAUCAGAGAGUCCAGACACUAACUCCCUUGAAUUCGAUUCGAACAUUUUCUUUGAGCUUCAACAAGACUUCGAAAUUGGACUGUUCAUCAAAGAGAAAUUAAUUCCCAAUGCCGUUCUGUAUUAUCUCAACGAGGUUGAUGAGGUCAUCGAUUUUGGAGCAUCUAGUGACAACGAUGAAACCAUUGUUUCGAAUUGUAAUUUCUAAUUGUGGUGUUCACACCGUACAAUGACCAAAUAAAGUCAAUACAAACACACAGAGAACCAUUAGAAAUCAUAUAAAUAUUGA